GAUAUAUGAUCUGGAGAGUGAUGGUACUUACUUGGUCAAUAUGAAUGUCAGUAUUUGUUUUGAAUCUUCCAAGCCUUGUUUGUUUGAUCAGAUUAUCUUCAAUAAUACUAAACUGACGAAAAAACCAUGCAAGUGGCAGACAGGAUUUAAAAAUUCAAAUUUUUCUUUAUCCUCAUGGAAGUCAUCAGUAGGAAUUGAGCCAUCACAAUCACUCACUGUGGUAGAGAUUAGAAAGCUUGAAGAAAUACUAGGAAUAGCUCCAUUCCUUCUGGACAGUCCUUGUCAGAGAUACAGCUGGCCAUAUGUUCCACCAACCAAUGGAUGGAGAUCAGAUUGUCCACAAGAGAUGAGGAAUCUACCAUCACUCCUGAGUAAUAUGAACUGUUACAUUGAUCAGUCCUGUACAGCAGUUCAGUGUUGUAUGGAUGUCAACGAACUUGGAAAGUCUUUAGAGAUAGGAAUUAAGAUUGAUCCAUGUGACUUCAGGUUGACAGUCAGGAUAGAGAAAUUAAGCUUUGACGUUACAUUGUAUGACUAUGUGUGGGGUAAGUCUGAUUGA